AUGCUCUGGGGAUCAUCGGUCAUCACGGGGGAGCGGCUGCGGCAGCUGCAGCACACGCAGGCGCACGCCUUCAAGGACCUGCGCUCGCCGGCGGCGCCCCUCGCGGGGGCCGCGCCGACGCCUGGGCGCGCCGCGGGGCUCGCGGCGGCGGCGGCGGCCGCCGCGCUCGAGGGCACGACCGCCGCUCCUGCCGCGGAGGCCCAGCCCGAGAGCGUGAGCACAUCAGCUCCCGCCGAGGUGGCGCGAGGCUGGCCGGGGCGGCUCGAGCACCCCCCUCCCGCGCCAGUGGCCGGGUCGGGCCUGCAGGAGGGCGCGGCGCAGGCGGCGAGGGAGCCGCGGCGCUGCCGGCCGCCGCCGUGCUGCUCUGGCUACCUCUCCGGCUGCUCCCUCCACCAGUGCCGGUAUCCUGCACAGGCUCGGGGCUCAGUGCCGCCCCCUCAGGCGGGAGGGCAGAAGAGCACCGCGGCCUCACCCGGGCUUGCCUGA